AUGUCUGGGCGUGGAAAGGGAGGAAAAGCCAAGACCGGAGGAAAGGCCAAGUCACGCUCGUCAAGAGCUGGACUUCAAUUCCCAGUCGGCCGUCUUCACCGUAUUCUUCGCAAAGGAAACUAUGCUCAACGUGUUGGAGCCGGAGCCCCAGUCUACCUGGCCGCUGUUCUCGAAUACCUCGCUGCUGAAGUUCUCGAGUUGGCCGGUAAUGCUGCCCGUGACAACAAGAAGACCCGUAUCGCCCCAAGACAUCUUCAACUUGCUGUCCGUAACGACGAAGAGCUCAACAAGCUUUUGGCCGGAGUGACAAUCGCACAAGGAGGAGUUCUUCCAAAUAUCCAAGCCGUUCUUCUCCCAAAGAAGACCGGAGGAGAUAAGGAAUAA